CAAACUUGAAGUUGAAAGGCGCGUGCGAGACUUGACCCCCAAGUCAAGACUGACUGCCUCAACUCCAUUUUCUCUGUAUAACUUCUCCAAUUAACCCCCAAACUUAUACCUUCAAUCUCUGGGCAUCUUUAUCAUACAGUUGAAUAAUCAUGAACGACUUGUUGUCCAACUCCUUCUCCCAGGCCUCGCCGGACCACCAUGUCAUCGAGAUGACCUCCUUCGAUGCCUCCAGCGACCUCAAGAAGUUCUUUGAGGACGUCGACUUGAUCCAGACCGAGCUCAAUGACUUGCAGAAGCUCAACACCAGCCUCAAGAGCGCGCACGAGCAGAGCAAGAGCCUCCACAAGGCCAAGGAGGUCAAGGACCUCCGGACCCGGAUGGACGCUGACGUCAACCUUGCCCUUAAGGCGGUCAAGCUCCUUAAGGUUCGGUUGGAAACGCUGGACCGGUCCAACACCUCCGCCAGGAGCUUGCCUGGCUGCGGUCCGGGGUCGUCCUCGGACCGGACAAGGACGUCUGUGGUGAGUGGGUUGAGGAAGAAGCUUAAGGAUUCUAUGGAGAGCUUUAAUGACUUGAGGCAGAAGAUUUCCUCCGAGUACAAGGAGACCAUUCAGAGAAGGUACUUUACUGUGACCGGAGAGAAUCCGGACGACAAAACCAUAGACCUUCUCAUAUCUACCGGCGAAAGUGAGACAUUUUUGCAGAAGGCAAUCCAACAGCAAGGAAGAGGCCAAGUCCUAGACACUAUAUACGAGAUCCAGGAGAGGCACAAUGGUGUGAAAGCCAUGGAGAGGAAUCUGAACGAGUUGCACCAGGUGUUUCUGGACAUGGCAGUCCUGGUUCAAGCUCAGGGUGAGCAGAUCGACAACAUCGAGAGUCACGUAGAUCGAGCUAGUUCGUUCGUGCAACACGGCAACCAGCAGUUGCAGAAGGCCAGAUUCUUGCAGAAAAACACACGCAAAUGGACCUGUUAUGGUAUCCUCAUCUUGCUCAUCAUCAUCGGUAUCAUAUUAGCCUCCACAUUGACUUAACCAAGGAGUCAAAUACCUAAUUCAUGGACUAAUAGAUAGCUCAACAUUGUCACUGCAUAUAAACUGUUGUAAAGUUUUGAUCGAUCUUAUUUUCCUUCAUAUAUGGUGGCCUUGUAAUUAAGUACAUGAUUAUAUUGGUUAAAUUGGUUGUGUUUUGUUGUACACUUUUGUUUUUCUCUUGAUGAGAUCUCGUGUUAGAACACUUCGUUUCAAA